AUCGCGGGACCCCUUGCUGUGAACAAAAUCAAAAUCUCGGCCUUGCGAGUGUUGGAGAGGCGCGCCGCCUUGUAAAGUGGAGCCCUUAACGCACCCCACACGUGCAAUUAACCCCGCCGCGCAAAACCCAAAAGCGGACUUACUCUUUUUUAAUAUACGAAAAGAAAUCAAAAAAAAAAAAAAAAAAAAAAAGUUUAGUGCGUUGGGGGAGAUGACGACUGCGCGCGCACCUUUCAUCCAGACAAAAAUAAUCCGAUUAGGAGCAAUUAGGCGUGAGAUUGUGCGACACCAGCAACACUCCACACACACUUAUACACACAUCUGGACACUCCCAGAGGUGUGUGUGUGUGUGUCAGAGAGAGAGAGAGAGAGAAGUGGGGGGAGACAAGACAGCCAAAGUGGACCCUCCCAGUCACUUGUCUAUUGAGCAGCAAAGCCACAACACUUCUAGGAUGCUCCUGCAACUAAACACACCACAACUUUGACUUGUAACGUGUGUGUGUGUGUGUGUGUGUGUGUUAGUGUGUGUGUUGUUGUUUUUUUUAAAAGGUGCAGGAUGUUUUACUUCCACUGCCCUCCUCAGCUGGAUGCAGAGUGUUGUCGCUCCAACACAUUGACUUCGAGCACUUUCGCCAACCACGCCCCGGCGGAUUUUGACGACGGCUUCCUGCGAAGGAAACAGCGCAGGAACAGGACCACGUUCACCUUGCAACAGCUGGAAGCCUUGGAGGCGGUCUUCGCACAGACCCACUACCCGGACGUGUUCACGCGUGAGGAGUUGGCCAUGAAGAUCAACCUGACUGAGGCCAGAGUUCAGGUGUGGUUUCAGAACCGCAGGGCCAAGUGGAGAAAGACGGAGCGAGGCGGCGCCGACUCAGAAGGAGGGAAAGAGCAGAUAAGCGAAGGCGCUCCUCCGACUCGCGGCAUCAACCCUCAGUCGCCCGCCGAGCAGGCCAGGAAGCAGAAAGAGCCGCUGGAGCUGCAGCAGAGCAUGAACAGACCGGUGGGUCCCGGGGGUCCCUUCUUCCCGUCCUGCCUGCCAGGGACCCUCCUCAACUCGGCCACCUACGCUCAGGCCCUCUCUCAGGUCGCCACGCUGAAAGGUAACGCCUUGUGUUCCUGCUGCGUUCCGGACCCCAUGGGCUUAUCCUUCCUGCCGCCCUACGGUUGCCAGGGCAACCGCACGGCCAGCGUGGCCGCCCUGCGCAUGAAGGCCCGCGAGCACUCCGAGGCCGUGCUGCAGUCCGCCAACCUGCUCGGCGCCGCGUCCGCCAACGUGGGGGUCCUGACGGGGGCCAACAUGGCGAGGCCCUCGGCGGCCCCCACGGCUCCGGGGGAGGCGAGCGGGAGAGGAAGCGACAGCUCCAGUCCCAACACGGCCUCCAAGGUGUCCGACAAGCACCCUCACUGCUCCAACAAGGACGCACUGGAGAAGAAGUGAGGACUCCGAGGGCCCCCAAGACUGUCUGCUGGUCCUCCAAGCACAACUACGGAGAUAUUUCUAUGAUUAUUAGUACUGUUUGUGAACAUUCGGGGGACCCGGUGGUCCUCAUGAAAGCACAACUUUGGAUCCAUUUUUCUGCACUCGUUCAUGGACAAAUACGGUAAAAGACGACAUGAUUCAGAAACGGCACAUUUUUGAGGUAAAUAUUUGUUGAAUGGGUGUCUUUUUUGCUGGAAUUGACACAAAAAAAGUGCUAAAUCCUCAAUGCUCUACAUUUUAAUGGAAUGUUCUAGAACAGUGGUUCUCAACCUUUUUUCAGUGAUGUACCCCCUGUGAACAUUUUUUUUUUUAAAUUCAAGUACCCCCUAAUCAGAGCAAAGCAUUUUUGGUUGAAAAAAAGAGAUAAAGAAGUAAAAUACAGCACUAUGUCAUCAGUUUUUGAUUUAUUAGACUGUAUAACAGUGCAAAAUAUUGCACAAUUGUAGUGGUCUUUCUUGAACUAUUUGAAGAAAAAAAAAGAUGUAAAUAUAACUAAAAACGUGUUGAAAAAUAAACAAGUGAUAUAAUUAUAAAUAAAAAUCUCUACACAUAGAAGUAAUCAUCAACUUAAAGUUCCCUCUUUGGGGAUUGUAAUAGAGAUCCAUCUGGAUUUCUAAAUAUUCCUUCACAAAAAAAGAAACCUUUAACAUCAAUAUUUAUGGAACAUGUCCACAAAAAAAUCCAGCUGUCAACACCGAAUAUUGCAUUGUUGCGUUUCUUUUCACAGUUUAUGAACUUA